UGAAACCGCAUAUUGAGGUGCCAAAAGCAUUUGAGUAAAUAUUUCUGUGUUUUUGACCACUACGCGCAGUAUUCUCUAUGCUCGGAGCUGACCAUAUUUAUAGAAGGUGCCUUUCGUUUGACACUUCAUUGCAACAUGAACGUUUUACUCAUCCACAUGGGCUCGCUCCUGUUUUUCUGCUGGGCGAUUACCCUGCUUCUGCCUGGCUGCCUGGGCGACUUGCAACCUGCUUUGCAUUUCAAUCAGACCUCUGUUGGCCAUAAUAGUACGUCUGCGGAAUUACGUCAGUACACAUGUGGUACGACAACAACUGUGUUUGUUAGCCCAGGCUACCAGGGUCGCUUUGCAUCUCCGAGCUAUCCAAAUUUGUACAGCGGUGGAGCCGAUUGCUUGUGGACAUUGACCACGUCGAGUGAUGCGCGAUUUACGCUGAUUUGUGAUCCACUCUCCAUUUCUUGUACGGGGGAUUACCUGCUAGUCUCACCCACCGGUGACAUCGCCUUCAGAGAUUCUGCUAACCCAAUUUGCGGGACCGGGAAACUACAAGUGACCUCGAAAGCAAAUACUAUUGCGAUCGCGUUUCAUUCGGCCUAUUACACGAAUGGCGGGGGAUUCUCUUGCAUAGCUCAAGCACAAGUCCCGCCCAUUGUUUCUAGCACAACCCUUGCCCCUCCCCCAAAUUGCGAUUGCGGAAUAAAAGGACAGAAUCGCGUUGUAGGAGGGCAAAGUGCUGGAGUUACAGAAUGGCCCUGGCAAACUUUAUUGGCAGACAUCAGCCCGUCUGGUGGAGGCUACCAAUUUUGCGGAGCGACGUUAAUCUCACCUUACUGGGUUCUCACGGCUGCCCACUGCACGUACAACCGGCUAGCUACAAAUAUCGGUGUCGUCGUGGGACAAUACAACACGCUAAGCCUUUCCUCUACCUCACAGGUCCGCAGAGUCAGCCAAAUUAUCCAGCAUCCGAAUUUUAAUCGGACAACAGUCAACCACGAUAUAGCCCUUCUGAAACUGGAUUCUCCAGUUUCAUUCUCGAAUGCUGUUCGGCCCGUCUGUCUUCCAACUCGUUUUACCAAUUACGAUUUUGAUAAACAAAUUGGCGUCGUUACUGGUUGGGGAACAACAAGUUUCGGAGGAACAGCCUCGGAGAACUUGCUUGAGGUAUCGCUCCCUAUUAUAUCUACAGCAAACUGCCGACUUAAUUCGAUCGUCGGUUCCAAAAUUACGGACAAUAUGUUUUGCACUUAUGCUGAGAAUAAAGAUGCCUGUCAAGGGGAUUCAGGAGGUCCCUUGAACUGGAUUGAUCCGCAAACUGGUCGAGCGUACAUUGUGGGAAUCACCAGCUUUGGUAUCGGCUGCGCGAAACUCGAUACACCUGGGAUCUAUACAAAAGUGACAAACUAUUUAUCAUGGAUGCAGCAAUACACAGGGACAAUAUGCACAGUAUAAAUACAAUGCCACAGCGAACUGCAAAAGGAACAGGCAAGCCCCCAAGAAAAUAAUAAAUCAUUUCUUUUCUUUACGUAGAUAGCAUACCAUAUUUUUUUGUG